AUGGCCUGGCGUUAUUAUUCUGUUUGCAAUAAUCCUUGUCGAACUGGUGGCCAUGUUCAAACAUGUUGUCGUGUUCAUGGAUUCGGUGAUGGCUAUUGUAGACGGGGUGCGUUGAAAGCUAUUCAUGAGCAACCUUCGGUUCGUCUUAUGAAUGCUGUUCAUGGAGAAGUACUUAUGCCUGUGAUAGGAUUAGGUACAGGAGGCUAUGGCAAUCCUGAUGGUUCAGGUGGUGAGUAUUGGGGACCUGAACAAGGUCAUAAUGCUACGGUUGCAUGGUUAAAAAUGGGUGGUCGACGUAUCGAUACUUCUGAUAAUUAUAUUUCACGUGAUGGUAUCGGUACGGGUUGGGUAGCUAGUGGUGUAUCCCGUGCUGAAAUAUUCAUUACAUCGAAAGUCGAUCCUUCUGGUUAUAAUCAAACACUGGAAGCGUUCUCUGGUAUUCUCAAAUCUUUACAGACUGAUUAUGUUGAUCUUCUUUUGGUACAUUGGCCUGGUCAAACAGCAAGUCAGUCCAAUGAAACAGUUCCUUCUUGCAAGCAAGGACAAACAACAUGGUUCGAGUGUCGUAUUCAAACAUGGCAAGCAUUAGAAACUAUAUUUCAACAAGAACGGGUUCGUGCUAUAGGUGUCAGCAACUAUGAAGCCAAUCAUUUACUAGAAAUUUUUAACUUAAACUCAACUAUUCCUAGUGUCAAUCAAGUUGAAUUUCAUCCUUAUUGGCAUGAAGAUGAACUAGUUGACUUCUGUCAAAAGCAUAAUAUUACAUUUAAUAGCUAUUCACCAGUGGGUUGUCCCGAUCAUGCUAUAACACUUGGUCCCACGUGGAAUCCCAUACCUGACCUACGCACUCAUCCUGAAGUUAUGGCAAUUGCAGAAAAAUAUCAUAAGACAUCUGCUCAAGUCGUUCUUCGUUGGCAUUGGCAGCAAGGCAUCAUAGUCAAUCCGCGUACUCGUGAUCCUAUUCACAUGAUGGAAAACUUAUCCAUAUUUGAUUUUCAACUCGACCAUCAAGAUAUGAUGACUCUUGCUUAUUUGAAUCAUCCGAUGAGCAAAGUCUGUGACGAUCCAAGACUAAUUCUAUAA